AUGACCACUGACCACUGCGCCAAGCGCCCGAAGCUCUCGGAGUCGACGCCGAGUGACGAGUCGACGAUGCACCGAGGUCACGCCGAGAACGCGGCGGCUGUCCCGCCGAUGCAAAUCGACUGGCUGACCACGAUGGAGAAGAUGCGCGCGUGGCGACAGCAGCUCGUGCGCUGGCUUCAUCAGUUCGACCUGAUGAUUACCGAUAUGGAGAAGCUGGUCUUCUGCCCGAAGCUCUCGGAGUCGACAGCGAGCGACGAGUCGACGAUGCACCGAGGUCACACCGAGAACGCGGCGGCUGUACUGCCGAUGCAAAGCGACGGGCCGGCCACGAUGGAGAAGCUGCGCGCGUGGCGACAGAAGCUCGUGAGCUGGCAUAUUUUGAUCGAGCCGAGCAUAACCGCUGUGGAGGACCUGGUCAAUGAGGGCAUCGAAGGCCCCCAGGACAUUCCCGCGAUCCAAGACAUGUUCGCACUCAUGGCGUGGUCCUGUGCAGAUUUCUCGGCGUGGUUUGACGUGCUCGUGAACUACGUCAUGGCGAUGGUGCCGAAGACAGCGAUCUUUACGGCGCGCUACUCGUAUCCGACGGCGAUGCUCUUGACAGAGCACAAGCUCGACGCGGUGACCUCGACGGACGAGGUCGACCCGACCACGUAUUCCUCAGACGCGUUCAAGCGUGGAGAGAUCGGCGGCUAUCUUUACUUCAUCAACGAGCGCUCGGGGGCGCCGAUGGUCGAGGAGGACCCGCUGUGGGUCGAGCCCAACGAUGCGUAUGCGCGCUUCAUUGCAUUGAUCGCCCAGCGCUGCGCCAUCGGCAUCAAGUUCGCCAAGGCCGGCGUCAUCAUGGCCGCGGAAGCCACGACGGUCGGUGGACUCGCGCCAUUCCCGCUGCAUCCUUCGGUCAUCGCAGCCAUCGAGAUGGGCUUUGAAGCGCUCAAGUGCGCGAUGGCGAUGCCGGAAGAAGUCGAACGCUGCGAACGAGAGCUCGCCACAGCGUUGCGCAGCCGCUUGGCCGCGACCGACACCUACGGCGAGUACCAAGGUCUCGUCGAAUAUGUUCGGGAGGACGGCGAGCACGUCUCGGAGCCCAAGGAACACCGCACGACGCCUGUCACUACUGCCAGCAUUGCGCCAUCGACAAGCCGCGAAACGCCCGAAGACGCGUCGGCUGCCGAGACCAAGGUCGCCGACGCGUAG